AUGCGUUCUUAUCUGGCAUUGCUUGUGUUGGGUCUAGCUUUUGACUAUGCCUAUUCCCAACAAUCCAUCGAACCCGAAUGUCGAUGCAACCUUAACAAUCUCUGGCUAGAUGUCUACGUAGUCAUCGAUGAUUCUACAAAAAUGGGAACCUCCGGGCUAUCCCAAGUGGCUUCCAGUGUCUUCUCAACAUUAGCCAAUUCACGUGUCGGGAGUGAUUACUCUGAUAAGCGGGGUGCCCGAGUGGCUGUGAUCACCUAUAAUGAGAAUGCCUACAUCAGAUCCAAUUUGAGUGAUCUCACAUCGAAUCAAGAUUUGGAAAAUGUGAUUUCCAGUCUUCAAGUUAGCAAGUCGGACAUUUCCAAUAUUCAAACACCAUUGAAACUAAUCAACGAAAUGAUGGGAUACAAAGAUGGAAAUGGACCGAAAAAUAAUACAAUGUCUGUUAUCAUCAUGUAUGCAGCUGAUUAUAUUGACUACGAUCAACCGACAGCGAAUCAACUAGCUUACUAUCUCAAAGAAAAUGGUGUCACCAUCAUCACAGUUGCAAAUAUGGAUGACUCCAACAAAAUCAUGAAACUGAAAGCCCUUGCAAGCGAAGGUUAUGGGUUCUCCUUAUCCGAUGAAAACUUGACGGCGGGAAUUCAAAAAGGCCUUUGUGAUGCCAACUGCUUCUGUCCAGAAGGGUAUCAUCAAUUCAUGUAUCCUGAGAAUAACACCACUCGUAAAUUUGGGUCAUGUAUUGAGGCAAUGUUUGUCGAGAGACACUGGUCCGAGGCAAGACUAACUUGCCAGAAUCGCAACCAACAAGGAUAUCUGGCCACUGAGUUUAGUAUUGAAAAGGCGUUGUUCAAUCAAGCUCUGUUCGAUGGUCAGCUCAGAAACUAUCACAUCGGACUCCACUUUGUCAAUGGUGCAUACUUCUGGGAGCAGAAAAAUGGGAUGCCACUACUUCCCCUAACUAAACCCCUAUACCAACUGGACAAGUUCCCAGGAUCUAAUUCCCUAUGUGUCGGGAAUACUGUAGCCGACAGCAAGAAAUUUGAGAGUUGGAAGAACGAAAAUUGCUACACCGAUAUGAAGGGAGCAAUGUGUGAAACUGUGGCUUGUGAUACUGAGAAUUAUUGCUCAAAUCCUUUCAAUCGAUAA